AUGAGUUCCUUUGACGAAGGAAUCGCUCUGGAAGAACAACCGAUUUAUCAGGACUUGCCUGAUUUCAACGAGAAAGCUAACAAGUUAUCCAACAAACUGAUUGUAAUCAGUAAUGAUAUUCAAAAACUGAAACAGAGCCUAGGUUUUUUUGAUAAAUACCUCAAUAAGGAUUACAACUACCAGCAGUUCAACAAAUAUCAAAAGAAUGCUUUACAAUUGAUCAAUAAGUUGAUGGCACAGUUUCGUGACAUCACAGCCGAUAAAAAGUAUCUGAUGGACUUGAGAUUUGUGGAUAUUAGUGCUGUACAAAAAUUUCAAAAAGACCAACUGGUAAAUGGUAUUAGUGAUAAUCUGAAUGAGUUCAAAGAACUUCAGAACUGGUUUACCCGGUUAGACAGUAAACUCAAUGAGAUGGAAGUAGUGGAACAGGAAGCCCGAAUACAACAGCAACAACAACAGCAAGCGCAAGAAGGCGAGCAGAUUAUCAUAGAAUAUGAACCGAUUAACGCAGCUGAGUUGGAGUACCAACAGGAUCUUAUUAACGAACGAGAGCUGGAAAUUGAGAAUAUUGCUAACGGAAUAGUAGAGCUCAACGAGCUGUUCCAGGACCUGGGUACCUUGGUUACCAGUCAAGGUGAACUAAUGGAUAACAUAGAGAACAACCUGUACAGUGUGGUGGAUGAUUCAAGGGCUGGGCAUUCUGAACUUCGUAGAGCUGAAGCAUAUCAAAAACGGUCCACAGGGUUAUGCAUGUGGUUAUUGGUGAUCCUUGCGGUGAUUUUAUUGUUUAUACUAUUAAUAAUAUUUGCAUAG